AUGAACAGCGCACCAAGGCUGGCGCGCAGCUCCACGCGCGCAGCCUCAUCAAAAUGGGCCUGUUUCUCCUGCCGUAACACCCGACCGCAGCACUCCCAACCGCAUCUCCGGCUAAACAUCCGCCGAAACGCAUCUACAUCCAAUCCCCGGACAACAGCACAUCUUUCCCAGCAGGCCGCGCCGUCGAUGGAGCAAAUCCGAGCUCACUACAACCGAAAGAACCAGACCGUUGCAUUCUACACACUCAGCGUCAUCAUUGGCACCGUAGCCGUAGCAUACGGCUCAGUCCCCCUCUACAAAAUGAUCUGCCAAACCACCGGCUGGGGCGGGCAGCCCAUCCGCGCCCACGGCUCCUCCUACGAAGGCGACCUCUCCAGCCGCCUCGUCCCCGUCACAUCCGCCAACCGCAUAAAAGUCACCUUCAACGCCUCCGUGUCCGACGAGCUCCCCUGGAAGUUCAUCCCGCAGCAGCGCGAGGUCCGCGUCCUGCCCGGCGAGACGGCCCUCGCCUUCUACAAGGCCACCAACAGGGGCGACAAGGACAUCAUCGGCGUGGCGACGUACAGCGUCACGCCGGCGCAGUGCGCACCGUACUUUAGCAAGAUUCAGUGCUUUUGCUUCGAGGAGCAGCGGCUGAAUGCUGGUGAGACGGUGGACAUGCCCGUCUUCUUUUACCUGGAUCCGGAUCUGUUGAAUGAUUUGAACAUGAAGGGUGUGGAGACGGUUACUCUCAACUAUACUUUUUUUAAGGCGCGGUAUGAUAAUAAUGGUAGAUUCAAGGCUCCUGCUGUGGCGUAG